GCGGCAGAUAGUGAUGGCCCGCUAACGAUCAAUAUAUUAAAGGUAUAUAUGAUCCACGUUAAAAAAAAACUAAAACAGUUCAACCAAGCUAACGAUGGUAAUAGUUAAUGGGCAAAUUUACGACAAUGGACCUUGCAAUGCUAGAAAAGACUAAAAAUGACAAGAUACUUUCUCGGUUUAUCAAAAAGGGAGGGAGCACAAUCAAGGAGUUAGCUCAAUCCAUUAUGGAGAAUGCUACUGCUGCUACCAAGAAGAAAGCUGAAGCUGCCAAAUCUUCGGCCAAGGACAGUAGUGCACCGGGGUCAACGACGUCCCAAGCUACAAAGCAGCGAGAAGCUACAAAUAGCUCAUCUCAGCCUAUUGUCGGUAUAAAGCGUGCCCGGGAAGACGACAGCAGCACAGCAUUGACAAAGCGGGUGGUAUCUCCAUCAUUUGUAAAGGGCACCACUCGAGUCGUGUCUGGAGCCGCCUCGGCCGCAGCGAAGAAAAUGCCUGCCCCUGGAAAGGAUGGCAAAUCAACCCCUAACGGCACUUCCCAGGCUUCUACAAAGCCCAAAGCAAAUAUAGUCAUACCUAAGCCCACGCCGAGUCUUUUCAGCAGCUUGAUGUCAGCGUCAAAGAAACCUGGAACAUCAAACGCUGCUCGUGCAGCAGCGGCUGCAGCAGCAAAGGAUAAGCCGACGUAUGUUAACCCUUAUACUUAACCUCAAUCGUAACUAUCAUACCUAACAAGCUUACUAACCUAUAGUAGUGUCGUAGCUGAGGCCAAGGCGACUCCUCAGCCAGCUCCACCGCCGGUAGCAAAGCCUGCCUUUUCUUUCUCUGAGACUAUGGCCAAUUUGAAUAAGCCUCGGGAACGUAGUCCAUCAAAGCAGGAAGAAGAUAGUCCGCCCGAGACAGAUGAAGAACGCAAGAAGCGGCUUCGGAAAGAGGCACGGAGGAAACUGCGAGUCACCUGGAAGCCAGACAGCAGUCUCACAGAAGUGCGUUUAUUCACUCAUGACCCUGAGGAAGAGAUUGGCUACGAUGACAGUAUGAUGCGUGAUGUUGGCGAUGUCGCUGGAGAGGGAAGGACUCUUAAGCUUCACCAUGGCUUGGAUGACCUUGAUGACGAGGACGAGGGCUGGAACGAAGAGAGUUUAGCACCAUACGCGGUCCCCUCAGCCAUCGAUUUUAGUGAUCUUCUAGAAGAAGACCGGGAGAGGAACUUCAUCAAGACCGGCGGUUCAAAGGCUGCGGAUAGUCCCGAAAAGACGGCUCAAGAUCAGCGAGAAGCCACUACUCUCAGCGUUUUCUAUACUUCUCCCUCGGAUAUUCCAAAUACCCCCAAGGAGCCUCCGCCACCGGACAAUGACGAUGAACCAUAUAGCCCUCUCGUACCCUUUGGAGAACCAGACCACUUUGUCAAGGCCCGGUCGCAGCGAUACUUUGAUUCCCGCUCGCCACCCGUCCAGGUAGCACCUCAAGCUACUCCUGGAGCUCAACCAACAAACGCUGCUCCUAUUGAGAUAUCGUCCUUAUUAAAGAUUCUCCAGCAAAAUCAGCAACCUCAACCAGUACAACAACAACAACAACAGCCGACUGUGCCUCCCAAUGUUCCUGAUUUACAACAAACGCUCGCCCAAUUUACAAACAAUGCACAAUCGCCUCAGUUGCAACAGACUUCCCAGUCAGGGCAGGCCCCUGGUGCACAAGGUCUGGAUUUCCAGAAACUGCUGGCAGUUAUGAACGCCCAGAAACAGAUGCAACAGGCUACGGCUUUUCCCCAAGUUACUACCCCUCCAACUCCCAAUCUAGCUGCUAUUCUCUCUCAACUUUCGAAUCCAGCUAGCCAAUUACAACAACAGCAGCCGCAGCCGCAGCAGCAGCAAAAUCAGAGUCAAAAUAAAGAUUCUCAGGCAUACAAUCAGGCCUUGUACGAGGAUGGGGAUAACAAGCGCAGCUAUGAGGGUGAUGACUCAUAUGACUACAACAAACGUGCAAAGAUCAAGAAACAUCCCAAAGCUGGCCUGGUCCCUUGUCGGUACUGGAAGGAAGGAAAGUGUAUAAAGGGAGAUGAAUGCACCUUUAGACAUGAUCCUCUCGACUGAUACAAAUCUUUUUCCUCAGUUUUUUUUUUUCGAUUCAUUCCCAAACAAACAUUCUAUACGCCCUUUCUUUUGUUCACGGUAUUUCAAUCGUGAGAGGGCCCGUCUCACUAGCAUAUUCCAUUCCACAUUUCCAGAAGGAUAACGACAACUAGCUCUUCAUUCUCUAUUUGUUUUCCCAAUGGAGUUUUGGAUACUUAAGACAUGCCUAUACCUAGGUUACUGCCUAUUAUUUCCCCCGUUUCCUCCCCAUGUCCAUUGAUUUGACUUUGCAAAGCGUUGCUGUUAUUCUUUAUAUCUGUACAAUGCGCUCCCAUUUACUGCCCAUUUGAAUUCUAUCAAUACCCCUGUUUCUUAUCUUGAAAAUCCACAUACACAUGUCUAAUGUUAUUUCCUUUACUGCAUCCCAUUUAAACUAUGGCGUCAGGGUAUGGAGUGGAGGCGCUGAAACCAUUAGAAUAGCAGGUGUUCUGAUCGGCGUUUGUACUAUUAUUACUCUAUCAUUACUAUCAUAGAUGCUAAUCGAUCGACAUCUUGAACAAUCCUGUCUCAUGGUAACUAGAGUGAGAAACGUCUCAACUAUCAGGCCACAACUCUCUGAAUAGGCUGUUGCCCCCUUCAUCUCAAGCAGGCGACAUGGCCCUUUCUUUCCGCGAUGGCCAAGCUGUAUGUCGAGGAACGUAGUACAAACAAGAGAUAAAAUGUCGUAUUCGGUCUUGUAGAGGAUUUUAAUAUAUUCAAACUGUCAAAUCCGUGACAUCGCCGCCCCUGUGCUCGCUAUAUCGAAUAUCGCUUUUAUGCUUGGGGCACAGGCGGCCCACUUAGUAACACAUCCUGCAAACUCUGAACAGUCAGCCCAUAUGGCUUAGUUGGUAAAGCGCGUCACUAGUAAUGACGAGAUCCACGGUUC